UUCUCGCAUCUCAAGUUCCAACUCUCUCUCUCUCUCUCUCUCUCUCUCUCUCUCUCUCUCUCUCAUUUUGAAGCUGAAACCAUGAAGCAAAGCUUUAGCUCAGGAGCUAUUGUCCUAUGCAUUUUCUUCAUCAUUUCUUCGUCAACAAUAAUAUCAGCUCGUCUCCUAGGCAACAAAGAAGGACAAGAGGAUCAGGUAGAGCUCAAUGCAAUCACUGAUGGGGGUUCACUUGUAGAGUUGGAAGGCAGUAAACAAAUGAAUCAGUUAAUUGGGGUGGAAGAUUGCACUGAUGGAGAUGAGGACUGUUUAAACAGAAGGAUAAUGGCUGAAGCUCACUUGGACUACAUCUACACCCAGCACCAUAAGCCUUGAUACUCUUCAUAAUGUAACUGUUACAUCUAAUUAGUAGAUAAUAUGAAUGUUUAUAUAUGUAUGUUCUCUUAAUUAUGAUGACUUUGUUUACAAGUUAAACCUAAAUUAGUUUUAGUUUAUCAUCAUUUGAUGUUCUUAAUAAAAUUACUACCAGAAGCAGCUACAACUUGUAA